GCUAAACCUAAUCAAUAAAACCUAAAACCAGCGGCAGUAGGCAGCAGCCAUUGCUACAAAGCUUCGAAGCAAAAGAAAUCAGAAGCAAACCCAGAUAAGAAGAAGGGCGAGAUGGUGAAGUUUUUGAAGCCGAACAAGGCAGUGGUGCUCCUCCAGGGCCGCUACGCCGGCCGGAAGGCGGUGAUUGUCCGCUCGUUCGACGACGGCACUCGCGACCGCCCGUACGGCCACUGCCUGGUCGCCGGGAUCAAGAAGUACCCUGCGAAAAUUAUUCGCAAGGACUCGGCGAAGAAAACAGCGAAGAAGUCCAGGGUCAAGGCCUUCAUCAAGGUCGUGAAUUACACCCACAUCAUGCCGACGAGGUAUACUCUCGACGUCGAUUUGAAGGACGUGGUGACUCCCGACUCGCUGGUGACCAAGGACAAGAAGGUCACGACGGCGAAGGAGAUCAAGAAGAGGUUCGAGGAGAGGUUCAAGUCAGGCAAGAACAGGUGGUUCUUCUCCAAGCUCAGGUUCUGAAAAGGGAAGUCAAAUCUGCUUUCGAAUUGGCUUCCCGUGGAGGUUUUUAGCUGUUAUUUUCCUUUGUCAUUUUGUAUGGUUAGGGUACUGCUUGAAUUUGAUUCUGUCUUUGUUGUUUAAUCUUGGUUAGCAUUACUCUUUCUGGGUUCCAACAUUUGCAGACAAUAUGAAAUUACUUGCUUGUUAUGAUGUUCUAGUCUUGACAUGGUGAUUGUGUAAACUUAGAGUACUGCUCAAUUCGAUUCUUGUUUUCAUUCUAGAUUCGAACUUUGCUGCCAAUGCAAGAUUAGUUGCCAGUUACUGGUACUUAAAUAGGAAGAACAGUGUUGGAUUGUGAGUAGAAGGAACAAAAAUGGAAGCUGAAAUCUUAUAGAGCUCUGUGGUUACAUAGCAUUAUAAGCUUAAUGAAACCAUGAAAAAUUG